GCAUCGCGUAUCAACACGGAAUCAAUUCGCACAUCCGUUGCUAGUUCCAAAGUGAAUACCAGAGAAAUGUGAAUCGGCAUGAGGACCGCCAUGGGGUAGGGUUCUAAGUUAAAUACGUGAUGUCGAAUGUGUCAGUGGUAGAAUGCGGACCUACAGUGACACCGAGGGAAGGGUCAUACCCUCAGCUCCGAAACAAGAGCAGGAUAGCAAAGGGAUGUCACUUGUCGUCAGUCACACGUCUACCGGCCAACAACUCGAACCACUCAUUCGACCCUAAAGAGUGUUCGAUUAGAGGAUCGUCCCUUUUGUGUGUGGAGCCCUACAGGGAGUACAAAGCGCCUCAGAACUCGCCAAGGAACGUACCAUGCUCCCCAAGGAGUCCCCCAAAGGUGGAAGAUAGCGGCCCCGCGACACCAGAGACCCCUCCAGGUGACGAUCGGCCCCUCAGUGUCGUUGGAGAGAGGUUCAGUUCUCUCUCCGGAAUGACAUCACGUGCUAUAUCCAGGGUUUCGUCAUAUGUCCCUCCAAGUCGCACAGAAACCACAGCCUCAUUUUACAAGACACCCAAUGACGUAUCCGAUAUUUUGUUGGCAUACGAAGAUAGUGGAGAGGGGGAACCAAGCGGGCCUCCUCCAACCCCGUCCGAGUGUUCCAUCAGCAGUUUUAAGGUGGAUGGGUUAAGGAUAGGAUCGGUGUGUGGGACACGAUGUACCCAGAGCAAUAGAGAUUUCAACCCCGGGUACGUUAAACGAGCCACAUAUUGCUGCGAUAAAUGCGCUGAAAGAAUGACGUGCCACGAGUCCAUGGUGCUGGAUGCAAGCUCGCCCUUCUACGCCUACCAGAAAUGUAUGUCGACGGAUGCUUUGGGGAGAUGUACGUCACACUAUACCCCUGUCUCCGAUAAUAUCCACACAUUUCUGGAGUCAUCACAGUCCUGUUCCAUGGAUGAUGAACAGAGGCGCCAGGUUUCCAGGUUAUGGGGCAGUGAACGCCAUGUGAAUUCAGUGAAGCCGUCGUCUGCCCCCAUGACGGAGGAAAAUACCGACAUAAAUAACACCGGAUACUCUUCCUCGUGUGAAGCAUGUGUCAUAGAGAGACAGCAAGAUGACUCGUCUGAUUCUGAAGGUGUGUUGGGUGAUGAACCGGAACUGGAAGUUACCGUCAGUGACCUGGACAAUAAAGAACCUCUGAUAAAGACCAAGUGUCCGAAGGAAAUCAACCAAAUUCCCGGACAACCGGCCCCUGAAACAAAUGUGGAUAAAGAGACAAAAGAGCAGACUGAGGAUACAUCCGGUGUGAGUAAGACACCAGUUAUCGACCAUGUACAAUUGCCAGAGAUAGGGGAGGGUGAAAAGGAGAAGAAAACGUCAUUCUGGUCACCUGAUUGGAGACCUCUGAGUCCAGCGAAACAGUCCCAGGACGAAGGACAUAUGGCGUCCCCAUGCGCAAGCAAGUCCUGCCACAAAGAUAGUGGUCGAGAACAAGAUGCGAUCACACUUCCGUCAAUCUGUGUCAAAACCAACCCUAAAAGUGGCGUGUCUCGAACCACGGAGAAAGAAAGCUCUAAACUAACCCUCAAUGAGAUCGACCGGAACUCCAACACCUGUGACGGUACAACCCCUAAACUACAGGAAAAUCUCGGUCCACCAGUCUUCGACAAUGCAAAGGUCCAACAGGUGUUACAAGAGUGUGCAGAUAUUAUCGAUGUACCUAAGCGACAAUUCUUACCGGAACUAGCGACAGUGCCAGACAACAGUGAGCUUUGUUACACAGCAAUUGUUGAUAAACGCUACAACAGAUGGAAACGAAGGAGGCGCAAACGAAAUAAAGGUGAAGAGUCUGGAUAUAAAACGGUCUCGCCAUGUGAAAGUUCAUCAGACGAAAAUAGGGAAAAUAUUUUAAAUGAAUCUCCCAUAAUAAAUGUAAAGCUGCGAAGGCGAAGGAGACUCCCCGAAGAGGACGACUUCGGGUACCAUGGAUCAAACAGCCACCCGCAUGAGCUUCACUAUGACGGCAGCUGUGAGUUAAUGUCCUCUGACAAAGACUUCAACUCAUAUAGCUUACAGGAAGAUAAUACUACGAGCGGUAACCAUUCCAACAGUACUAUUGAGGAACACAAGGAAAGGAGACGAACAGCUAUAGAACAAAGAGCUAAAGAUACAUUGCAACAAGAGGUCUUCCAUGGUGGUUCCUACAGUGGACGGAAAGAAGAGCAAACUUCUGAUCUGGGCAAUGCUCUGCUUCAGGCUACACAAGUUACCAUAUCACGAAAGCCAAAUAUUACCCCGUCCGUAACAUCCAAGAUCGAGGAAGAGGAAAAUCUAACCAAAACAACACCCAAGCUUCCAUGUUUUAAGGCAAAGAAACAAUCAUACGCAAGAAAGGCUUUCCCAUUCCAAGAGGACCAAAACAGGUAUUUUAAGCCAAUAGACAGAAGCCUGGUUUACCAUGCAGCUAGUGACAGUGGAGCCGUAGUUAAAUUAAGUAAUUCUAAUCCAUCUGGCGACUCCUCUGGUCAAUCAUCAUCCGGUCUGGUCAGAAUUAGGAUGGACAAAGCAUCGAAAGAGAGAUUGCUUCUGUCCAGAAUGGCCAGACACAAAGUUGAACCUAGAAACCUACUUCCACGGAAGCGGCCAGUCUCGGAGGUAAAGCUGCCUUCCACCUCAGCAACCAACAGUACUAUAUCCCACCUGUCCCUAAACCAUCUUCUUCAAACCAUUCCUAACCACAGCACUAGCAAGAACAAACUUGUGGAAAGCAAUGACGCACCCAAGAGACAGGACAGCAACACCCAAAAUAAGGAACCAGGCGUCCUUGCCCCAGAAGUGGUGGGUCUACAGAAGAAACACGAAGGGUCCCCUACAGAAACGCCGAAGAAAGAGCAGAAGCGUUCCACUAAAAGGAAGUGCACGAUUCCUAAGAAGCCAUUACUUGAUAUGAUGAACAAAGCUUUCUUUAGAGAAAUUGAACUCAAAGUGAAGAACCGUGACAGUAAUAGGCUCAGAAAUGUGUCUUCACUAUCCUUUACACCGUCGUUUUCCUACUCCUUGUUCGAACUUCCGGAGAUAUACAGGAAAUAUAACAAGGAUAUUGAGAACCGGGUGUCUAUGGCUUGGCCGGUGUCACAGAAACUAAAACAACAUUAGAGGCACGUGUAUUAUGGCUGGUAACAAAAAGGUUACAUAAAGAAAAUGUAAUUAUUGUUCACAGUGUCAUGUUAUAUCGAGAUUAUCGCAAUGUUUGAAUCACAAUCGCUGGCAGAACCAGCAUUCGAAAAAUGAAAGAAACUCUACGACAUAUUCAUACCAAAUGUAGACAGUGUGUUAUAUACAGUAUCUUACGAUUCUCCAGUGCCACACUUUGUCGAGGUUGUUUAGGGUACUGAAGGGAUCAGCGAGAUAUCUACUAUAAGGGAGUCGGGGUUUUUUUGUUUUUGUUUUUUUUUUUGUUUUUUUUUAAAGUCCGACGAGUCACAUUUACAUAUUCCUAAAUGCAUGUCAUGCAAACGAAGCAUAGCCUUGUGAGUUUUUGUUUGAUUGUGUUUUUGUUCGCGUUGAAAUAACUACUGCGAAUGAAAUAAUACAUUUCUCUAAUUGAGACGUGCCAUAUAUCAUUAAAUGACGGUAUGCAUUAAUUAGUUCUUUUAAAACAAUAUCGUACUUAUUUGAUGCCAAUUGGUUUCAUGUUU